UUUGAUGCAUGAGCUGGACAUUCUUUUGAGGUCUCUACCUAAUAAUUGGGAAGCAAAAGUAGUGGAAAUCCAAGAAACGAAGGAUAUCACCAAACUUUUAUUGGAAGAUCUUAUUGGCUUACUCAUGAUUCAUGAGAUCACUGUAAAGGAGCACUUAGAAGACGUGUCCAAUAAGAAGAAAGACAUUUCUUUGAAGUCCACAUCCACCGAAGUGGAGUUUGAUGAUGAGUUUGAGUUCAACGAGGAAGAACUUGUCUAUCUCAAUAGGAAAUUCAAAAAUCAUUUUGAAAAGAAGCAUUUCACAAGGAGAAGCUCUAAUCAAAAGUCAAAAGGAGAAAAGAGGCAAGUGAAGUACAAUUGUCCUCUAUUUAAGUCUUCUUCAAAGAAAUAAAAAAGAAAAGGCUUUUAGACUUACUUUUUUUUUUGGCACAUGCUUAGACAUAGGAUGACUACCAUGAGAGUAGCACCCUAGAUGAAGAAAUUGCAAAUAUAUACUUAAUGACCUUUUGAACUGGGGAAGUGGACAUAGAGUGUAAAUCUUGAAAAAGCCCCCUAUGUGCAUAAUAAUGUUUUGCCUCAUUUUUGUUAAGCA